UACCAGUUCAUCAAAACAUAUUAUUAUAUUUUAUAUUGUAAGCCUGUUCCAGCAGAACCAUCCUUGUUAUGUCCUGUUUACCCAUUUUACAGAGCUACAGAAUAUGGUGACGCUAAAUAAUAAUAAUUUAUAAAUGUCAUUCUAUAUUACUGUUUCAGGAAUGGCCUUCCCUGUUGAUAUUCUGGAAAACUGCAGCCAUGAAGAACUGGAGAGCUUAUCAGAAGAUUACUUGUCUGAUCUACGAUGCUCUGAUCCUGAUAAUCCAGAGUACUUAUCAUUGGGAGAUAAUAGCGAGAUCCCAAUCAGCCUUUCCACAGUUGGUUUUGUUCCACUUUAUGGCGGGGAUCAGACAAACAAAGUACUUGCACUUUUUGCACCGGAAGAUAACCUUACAGCUGUGGCCCUGUAUCUCGCUGAUCAGUGGUGGGCAGUUAAUGAUAUUGUGAGAACAUCUAAUCCUUUGAGGGAAGGACUUCAGCAGGCCAGGUCCCUUGGAGAAAGAGUGGUGCUUUAUGUCUUGAAUCGAAUUAUCUAUCGGAAACAAGAGAUGGAAAGGAAUGAGGUCCCCUUUCUAUGCCACAGCAGCGCAGAUUAUGCCAAGAUUUUAUGGAGGAACGGGGAGGCUGUUGGCUUUUACUCAGUCAAACCUUCAGGAAGCAUGUGUGCUGCCUAUCUCACCCAGAGUUAUCGGCUUCCGGUUCUGGAUACCAUGUUUGUAAGAAAAAGAUAUCGGAAUAAAGGAUUUACACUGGAGAUGCUGGAAGAUUUUGUAGAUUCGUUUACAGAAGAAACCCUUGGCCUGAGAUAUCCAUUGUCACAUGUAAUGCACACAGCCUGUAAGCAAUACUUAGAGAAAUACCCUGGAGAUCAGGAGCUUCUGUGGGAGGUUGAAGGAGUAGGACAUUGGUUUCAGAGAACGCUGAUUGCAAGUAUAUUUCAGAAGGAAGCCCGGAGAUUAGAAGAAACAUUAAAAAGUGAAGUCACCCUGUCAUGCACUGAAGCCUCCUCACAGCAGUCUCCUCCCGAACCUGUAGCUCCUGAUGAAAGGAGUUCAGAGAUCCAGAAACAGGCCAGUGAGCAAGAUUUCACCGAGAAUGCAGAGGUGGAACCACAAACUGAGAAUAAUACUCUUAAGGUCGGUGCUUCCGGAGAUCAAGGUGAUGUCACACCUGUUUCUACUCGUACAAGAAGCAGCCACUUAAAGCGUCCAAAGAUUGGAAAGAAAAUUCUGGAACCAGAACAGGAGGAAGCUGAUACAGAGGAUAAUAGCCCCUGUCAGGAUCCCUUUAAGAACCUGGAAUCUAAAGAACAAAUAGUGGAAAAUUUUAACGAACUUAUACAACAAUUAGCAGAAGAAAAAGAUGAGUCGGAAAUGGCCAAACUACAGGAGGAGAUAUCUGCUAAACCAGCUGAGCAGAUGUUACAAGAAAAUCAAGAGAUUCCGAAAAUACCAGAGAACUGUGAAGAUAAACAGGACGUGGAGAUGGAACCUGUGAACGGUGACAUGACAAAAGACAUCUUCCAGUCUGAAGUGUUGGAGACACAAGAAACAGCCAGAGAGGCCUUGGAUACGGAAUCCAACCUGGAUCCUGGAGAUGCAGAGGAGAAGUCUCUGACCACACUUGUGUCAGUGAGCAUGGAUCUGGAAAAAUCAUUUGAAGAUUCAUUUACUGAUCAGGUUUUAAAUACAGAAGAUUUAGAAACGUCAGAGCAUGAAACCAUGACCCCUGGGACUGAGAAUACAGAUACAAGGGUGGAAGAUGACUUUAAAGAGAAGAUAGAAGCAAAAAACACAGAAGAAUCUAUCUCAGUACAGAGAGGAGAAUUCUCUGAUAAUGGCCUCUCGACAUACGUGGAGGUUAACCCCACCGAGGUGUGUGCUACAUCUGAUGAUACUUCCACCCUGGACACAGGCUCCCCAGAAGAACAUGUCGUUAAUGUCUCGGAGGAUGCGCUGCCAGUACUCCGGCAAGGCCCUUUACUUGUGGUUGAACUUGAAGAUGUGGCAUUCCAGCAAUCGGAUGCUCAGAAAAGCCAUUCUGGGGAUCAGUCGGAGGAGUCUGCAGUGGAAAAUGAUCAGUCGGCACAGAAAUUGUUGGAGAUUGGGGGAGAGAGCAGCUCAGAGGACGUGGAAACAGAGGCCCCAGUAAUAGAAAGAAGGGGCUUGCGCAGAAAGGCAAGAGGUUUCAAAGGACCUGCAAAGAGAAGAAGCAAAUUAUCAGUUUAGCUACGGAUCCUAUAUCCGACACAUUGUUAUUCACGCUAUUUGUAAAACAGAAUUGAUUUAGAUUUUUUUAAGGCUCUAUAAAGUUAAUCAACAUAGAUCAGGCAUUUGUAAUUGUACAAUUUUAAAGUUUUCUGGUUGACGUUAUUUGUGGUGUUUUUAUUAUUAUUUUUUUUUAAUUUGUACGUAAAAUCAGAUUACUUUUUUUACACAAAUUAUAGUUGGACUGGGCAUUGUUGGAGCCAUAUGUGGGCCCAUUAAACCUGCUUUAACAAUUAUUACCAUACACACUUAAGAAUUAUACAGCUUGCCAUGUCAACCUUAAUAUUUUACUGUAGGUUUUCAAUAAAGUCAGAAAAUAUGAAGAUCAACCAAAUCUGAGAUCACCUAUACUAUCAUAAAAAAAUCACUAGCUUUUGACAUCCUAGCCUUUACUAUAGGCACUUGAAUGCCAAAUUUGUAGCACAACUGCAGCCAAAA